UUCCCGCAGAAUUGCAUGCCUCGGUCGAAAUGUUCUUGAGCUGGAACCACCUGGAGCCAGAUUCCACACCCUCAGCAGUCCAGAAACCUCUGUUGCUGCUGCCACACAGCAUCUUUUAGCGCCCGUGACACCAUUUAGCCAUCGCUCUCUGUACCACCGAGUCAUCGUGCACUAAAGAGUCGCAUCGCACACCGUGGUAUCGUCGCGAUUCGCGAAUUGGCAGUUUCAGGAUCCAGCCAUGGAUGCGCAGAAGGUGGCGGAGCUCAAGGCAUUCGUGCAGCUCUGCCAGAAGACUCCCGCCGUUCUCGCGGACCCGAAGCUCGAAUUCUUUCGUGACUAUCUCGAAAGUCUGAAUGCGGACGUACCAGCGGAGGCCUAUGGGCUGAAGGCGGGCGCCGCAGCCAAGGAGGAGGAGAAGGCCGAGCCGAGCAAGAUGGAGUCAGAAGCCGCAAAGCCAGUGGUGGAAGAGGCGGAAGAGGAGGAGGAGGAGGAGCCGGAGAUUGUGGAGUCGGACGUAGAGAUCGAUGAGGAGGGCGUGGUGGAGGGGGACGACGACCCCCCGCAGAAGAUGGGCGACGCCAGCAAGGACGUGGGCGACGAGGAGCGGGACGCUGCUCAGGCCGCCAAGGGCAAAGCCAUGGAGGCUCUCGCUGAAGACAAUCUCGAGGCAGCAGUGGCGCAUCUCACAGAGGCCAUUCUCAACAACCCCACGUCCGCCUUGCUCUAUGGCAACAGAGCUGGAGUGUUUGUGCGCAUGAAGAAGCCCAACGCUGCCAUCCGGGACUGCGAUGAGGCGCUCAAGCUCAACCCCGACUCGGCUCGCGCCUACAAGUCCCGGGGUGAGGCCAAGGCACUCCUGGGCCAGUGGGAGGCGGCAGCAGCUGACCUACGUCUCGCCUCCCGCCUGGACUACGACGAGGAGGUCAAUUCGUUCCUCAAGCUCGUGGAGCCGAGGGCGCACCGCCUGGAGGAGCACCGACGCAAGUACGACCGCCUGCGCAAGGAGCGCGAGGAGAGAGUGGCGGUGAAGGAGAGGCAGAGGAGGAGGAAGGCGGCACAGGCGGCGUAUGAGGAGGAGAAGAGGGGGGAGGAGGAGAGGCAGAAGGCGGGUAGAGGGGCCGGUAGUUUCCCAGGAGGUUUUCCAGGGGGGAUGGGUGGGAUGCCGGGGGGGUUCCCAGGGGGGAUGCCGGCGGGAAUGGGGGGGAUGGGGGGCAUGCCGGCAGGGAUGGGGGGGAUGGGGGGCAUGCCGGCAGGGAUGGGAGGGAUGGGGGGAAUGGGGGGAAUGGGAGGGAUGCCAGGAGGUAUGGGCGGCGGAGCGGGCGGCAUGCCAGACAUGAGUCAGAUGCUCAAUGACCCUGAGCUGCUGAUGGCUCUUCAGAACCCCGCAGUCAUGGCCGCCAUGCAGGAUGUGAUGAAGAACCCAGCGAAUCUCCUCAAGUACCAGAACGACCCCACGGUGGGCCCAGUGCUGAUGAAGCUCAUGAGCAAGUUCGGCGGGGCUGCUGGCGGCGCUGGCGGCAUGUAACGUUGCGCGCCCCAAGUUGGGCGAAGGUGCUGGGGGGGCGUAGCUGGUGCUGGCAUGUAGGCUGGAGUGCUGCAGGAUGCUGCUGCUGCUUGUUGCUGCCACUGCUGCUGCUUGUUGCUGCCACUGCUGCUGCUUUCUUAUUUCCACCACCUUGGCAUGCAGAUUGUAGUUACAGGGUCACUGUAGCAGGGUUCUUAAGGAUCUGCUUUUUUAGGAGGGGUGGGGGCUGGGGGGGUGGAGGGGGGGGGGGGGGGUAUGGUACUCACUGUACAUGUGAGCCUGGGGGAGAAGCAAAAGUACACCGAACUAUGUGGGUGUGUUGUGUAAUAACCCCAGGAAUAGAAACGAGUUUCGACAAGCUACAGUACCGUACAUGUAGCAUUCUGAUCUGGCUGUACUGGACGGUCCUACCAGCAGUGCCUGUCAAUAGGGCCAAUCACAUGCCCUACAGAUCGACAAAGCCAAUACCGGUAAUGCCUAGGAGAUGUAACAUAGUACUAAGUCUCAGAGUAGCAAACUGACUAGACUGAGAGAUACACGGUUGUUUUGUGCUAAGGGGUUGUACUCUCUAAGAUUACG